AUGGAGAAAUAUCUUCGUGAGUGGCGCCAAGAAGCCCUCAAUCGCUGCCAAUACGACACAGCCAUCUUUGUCGCAGACAAACUGCUGGCCCUGACAGACGAUGAUCAAGAUGCAUUCUGGCUAGCUCAGGUACACUUCACCACCGGCAACUACAACAGGACACAAUCACUCCUGGCACGCGGAAACCUCGUCGAGCGUACUCCCCAAUGUCGAUACCUCGCCGCGCAUUGCUCCCUCAAGCUAGGGAAAUUGGAAGAUGCACUGAACAUACUGGGCGACAAAAACCCGACUCAUCUGAUCUCAGCACCAGGCAAUACGCGUACCAAAUUGCGGCAUGUCGACGUCAACACAAGGGCAGGCGCAAGACAGAACAAGAAUGGCUCGCGCAACGAGCGUUUACCUACGAGCGAGGAGCGUGAUCGAGAAGAUGUCAACAACAUCAAGUCGGAAGCAGGCAUGUGCUACUUAAGAGGCGUAUGCUAUGCAAAGCAAAAUUCCUUCGAUCGGGCCAAGGAAUGCUACAAGACGGCGGUGCAGAUUGAUGUGCAAUGCUUCGAAGCAUUCGAUGCUCUGAUGUCGAACUCACUCAUGGCACCUGAGGAGGAGUGGAAGUUCCUAGAAUCGCUCAACUUUGACACCAUCAACGUCGCCAAUAACCCUUCGCUGUCGCAGGAGGCGGCGUCCUUCACCAAGACGCUCUACACCACACGGUUAUCCAAGUACACCAGACCAGAGGAGUUUGCGAACGCGACCGAGACGCUCACGACUCACUACAAUCUUGGCGAGAAUCCUGAUAUCGUUCUCUCUAAAGCCGACCUUAUGUUCACCCUCUGUCGCUUCCGCGAUACCCUUGCACUCACAUCGGCUGUCCUCGCCAACGAUAAGUACAACUUCAACAUCAUGCCUAUACACAUAGCGUCCUUGCAUGAGCUCGGCGAAAAGAACACUCUGUUCUUGCUUGCGCACGAACUUGCCGACACGAAUCCCUCAGAACCAUGCGCAUGGUUCGCUGUCGGUACCUACUAUCUCGCCAUCGGUCGCAUAGCCGAAGCACGCCGCUACUUUUCCAAGUCUUCGAUGAUGGAUCCGCACUUCGGCCCUGCCUGGAUAGGUUUCGCGCAUACCUUUGCUGCAGAAGGAGAACAUGACCAAGCUAUCUCCGCUUACUCCACGGCCGCACGCCUCUUCCAGGGCUCGCAUCUCCCACAGCUCUUCCUCGGUAUGCAAAACCUCCAGUUGAACAACCUCAGCCUGUCAAGAGAAUACUUGAAGACGUCAUAUGAUCUGUGCGAGAACGAUCCUUGCCUUCUUAACGAGAUGGGCGUUGUCUACUUCCACGAAGGACAGCUACUAGACGCUAUACAAUUCUUUCGUCGCGCACUAGCCUUCUCAGAACAAAACGAAGCAGAUCCAGAUGCAUGGAUACCCACACGAAUAAACCUUGCCCACGCACUUCGGAAGUGUGACCAGUUCAACGAAGCACUUGCGACGUUCGACGAGGUACUCCGCCAUGGCAUGAAGGAUCCUAGUGUCUUCACCGCAAAAGCACUAGUCCUUCUAAAUCUCCACCGGAAUUGGGAUGCCAUCGUCACUCUGCACGAAGCCCUCGCCGUCUCUCCUCAAGACCCCAUGGCCACUGAUCUCCUCAAUCGCGCGCUGGAAAUCAACGAGUCGGAAAGUGGGCUUCUCGAAAAUGGACAAGCGGCAGGGUCAGAAAUGGCAGAAGACGCGGAUGAAAACGAAGAGAUUGAAGAGCUAGAACGAAGAAUGAAUGGCAAGCUACGUGAAAUUGAACAGAAUCGGGCUGCAGGUAGGCGAGGUCGCAGGAGACGACAUGCGCAAGGGGUAGCAGAUGAGGAUCUCAGUGCAUUCGGGGAAAGCAUGGUGGUCGACUCGGAUGAGGGCUAA